GAGCUCGUCUACCCCGGGGGCCUGACGACCUUCGAGGACUCGGACGACGACGCGCGCGCGGCGCAGCGGGGCGACGCGAAGGCGCCGCGCGACAACCAGGCGGCGCUUUUUGGAAUCAUGGCGGCGCUCGCUAUAUCGCUGCUCGCGAUCGUCGCGCGCAUCGUCAGCGACGCGGCGGCGGCCGCGCUGGAGGGCGUCGCCGAGGUCCGCUCUACAUUAGCGCAGCCGCGCGUUUACAUAGCGAUCGUCGGCUUCGGCGUCGCCGCGGCGUCUAUUUAUAAGCGCGUCCAGACGCUUAUUGAAAGGCGCGCUUUAGCCGAGGACCUGCUGGAGGCGGCGGUCGCGGCGCUGGAGGACGCGCGGCGGCUGCCCGGGUCGCGCGCGCGCGUCCCGUGCGACCAUUUGCGAGAUGCUCUCAUUCGCGCGCGCUGGCCGCUCGCGGGCGCCAAGCGGCGCGCUGCUUUAAAAGCGUGGGCGAUCGUGAUCCGGGAGCUCGACAGCGACGCGCGCAUCCGCGCCGUGAACGUGCAGGUCGCGGGGCGCCGCAUGAAGCACUUCGAGUACGUCGCGCGCGUGCGGACGGCUACGCCCAGAUAAGUAUGCCUGGCUU